AUGGAAGAGCAGCUUGGUGGCGCGGCAAGCAGGGAGGUGUGGAGGAUGAGGCUUGAAUGGAUGACAGCUGCCUCAUCCACCGUCGAGACCUUAUUGGGGUGCUGGCAUGACGAGUAUUGGGCCGCUCUACUAUGCCAGCUUAAGCAAGCAGGAGGAAGCGGUAUGGGGAGAAGAACAAUGGCCAACGGAGUCCUCUCUACUACGUCAGCUUAA